AUGAGUAAAGUGUUUAGUGAAUGUGACUGGGAAACGGAUUUACCCAGCAUCGGUACAGAUUUCCGGUUUUCUAAAAAGCGUGAAAGAACGAAUAAAGUGAAAAAGACGACCCCGACUGUAGAGAACGGCGGCAUCGAAAUCGUUGAUCAUAGCAGGCCUCCCGGUUGGUCCGUUCGUUUGCCUAAACCAGAAUCGUCCGCACCGGAAAAUAAUGUUAAAAAAGAUAACACAAAGCACGAUGCCCAGCAAACGGUGGGAAACGAGAGAAAGGAAGGCAAGAAACGCAAGGCACCGACGGACGUGUCUGAAAAUGGUAGUACAUCCAAGAAGAAGAACAAACACGAUUCGGAAGCACCGAUACCGAAGAGCGCUACCAACGGUAAGAAGGCUGAAGUGAAGGAAACGAACGACACCAAACAGAAACCCAUCGUCCGGGAUGCUCCUAAAGAACCGGCCAGUUUACGGGAGAAGCUGAUGGAACGGUUGAAGGGUUCUCGCUUUCGGUUCAUCAACGAGCAGCUGUAUAAAUCGACCGGAGAACAAGCACAACAGCUGUUUGCAGAGGAUCCCGGUUCGUUCGCUGCUUACCACGAGGGCUACCGACAUCAAAUAGUCCAAUGGUCGAUGAAUCCGCUCGAUAGAAUGAUCAAAAGCAUUCGAAAACUCCCUAAAAAUACCAUCGUGGCAGAUUUCGGUUGUGGAGAAGCACGGCUAGCGGAAUCGUUACCGAACCAGGUGUACUCUCUUGAUUUGGUCGCCCACAACAGUAACGUUAUUGCCUGCGAUAUGGCACACACGCCGCUCGAGAGCAACUUCGUCAACGUGGUUGUGUUCUGUCUCUCACUGAUGGGCACCAACUUGGCCGACUUUCUCCUAGAGGCGAAUCGGGUGCUGAAGGUGGGGGGUAUCCUGAAAAUAGCUGAAGUAUCGUCCCGUUUCGACAAUGUGAACGAGUUCGUUUCGAAGGUCCGACAAUGUGGAUUCGAGUUGGAAAACAAGGACCUGAAGCACAAGUUGUUCUACUUCUUCAAUUUCAAGAAAGACCGCACGGUGUUGCGCGGAUCGACCAAGAUAAAGCCCUUCAGUCUGAAACCUUGUUUGUAUAAGAAACGAUAGAAAAAACUUAGAAUAAAUGAAAAGGUCGGC